AUGAAUAAAGACUCCAGCAAACACGACAGUGAUGUCAAUGAGCCCCAAACCGAAACAUCUACACCUUCUCCAUCCAUGGAGCAAGGAACUGAUGCCAAGCCAACAUCCAAAGAGGUCAAAGAAACAAACCGCCAGAACCCUGAAAAGACUCUGGAAGAAGAAAAUCAAGCCUCCACUCAAAACCUCGAAGGUGUGGACACCGGAGCAACUGAGUCCAAUUCCGCUACUAUUAAUGACCCAACAAGAGAAACCCUGAUCAAUCUCACGCCCAAUGGUUACGCCGAGGAGCAAACCACCCACAGAAUGAUCGUCCGGGAGCUUACAUGGGAAAUUCCCAACAGCGAACCACUAAUCUUGAUUUCAGUCUGGUAG